AUGAAACUUCAUCCUCUUCGUCGUAUCAAAUAUUAUCAAUUGCCAUGUCAAAAACGUUCACCACUUUUAUCUUGUUUCUAUGAUGAUAAUCAUUUUUGUUUCUGUAAUGAUUAUGAUCAUCAACGUUUAACUAAUUGUUUUGAAUUCAAUCAUGGAAUUGAACAUAAUUGUUUUGGUCAAAGUAAUUGUGAAAAUGAUGCACAUUGUUUACAAGACAAAGCAACUUGUCCACAAACAUCUAUAUGUGUUUGUCCAAAAUGUUUUUAUGGAGCAAGAUGUCAAUUUACUUCAAAUUUAUUUGAUCUUUCACUCGAUGCUAUCUUAGGUUAUUAUAUUCAACCACGUAUAAAUAUUAAACAUCAACCAUCUAUUGUACAAGUCAGUGUGGCAUUGACAAUAAUCAUUAUCAUAGCUGGAAUUACUGAUAGCGUUCUAUCGAUAAUCACAUUUGGAAAUAAAGAAUCACGUAGAACUGGUUGUGGUCUCUAUUUGUUGACUUCGUCAAUUAUUACUUUACUUAUUAUGGUUAUUUUUGCAUUGAAGUUUUGGAUACUUAUCAUUGCACAAAUAACAUACAUGACAAAUCAAUCAUUUUUAAAGUUUCAAUGUAUUUCAAUAGAUUUUUUUCUAAGAAUUGGUCUUAGUAUGGAUCAAUGGUUAAAUGCAUGUGUAGGUAUAGAAAGAACAAUUAUCAUAAUAAAAGGAAUUAGAUUUGAUAAAAACAAGAGCAAACAAAUAGCUAAAUAUAUUAUUCUUAUUCUUCUCUUUAUGACUACUAGUACAACUAUUCAUGAUCCUAUUCAUCGACGUCUACUAAAUGAAAAUGAUGAUGAUGUUGAUGAGAAAAGAAUUUGGUGUAUUGUUAGCUAUUCAAGCAAUCUUCGAGCAUUCAAUUCAUUCAUACUUAUAUUUCAUUUUCUUGCUCCAUUUUUCAUCAAUAUUAUAUCAGCUAUUAUUAUUAUUGUAAUGAUUACUCGACAACGAACAACUGUACAAAAACAUCAAUCAUAUAAAAAAUUAUUGCAUGAACAAUUUCAACAACACAAAAAUUUAAUAAUCGCUCCAUUUGUUUUAGUUAUUCUUGCUGUGCCACGUCUAAUUAUUUCUUUUGUUGGAGGUUGUAUGAAGUCAACUACUGGUUCAUGGCUAUCUCUUAUUGGAUAUCUUAUUUCAUUUGUUCCAUCUAUGUCAACUUUUUUAUUAUUUAUUUUUCCAUCAGAAUCUUACAAACAAAUAUUUCGAAAGACUAUCGAACAAUAUGGACAAACAAUGCGAAUACGGUUGCAUAUCAAUUCAUAG